CCCGGGACUGCAGUGAGCAGACGCGGGUCGCGCUUCGGGGGAGCGGCGGGGGCUGGCCCUUGCCCGGGGGGGUCCUCGCGGGCUGCAGACUGACGCUGACUCUGGUGCCCGCGGGCCACGGGGUCCCCGAUUCGUCCUUCUUGCAGCUGCCGGCCCCCCGGGGUGGCCCCGCGCCCAGCUGUCCCCGGAGCCGGGGCUCUCCUUUCCCGGAAGCUGGUGCCAUUCCCUUGCCCACCAUGAGCCUGGAGAUUCAGUGUGAGGAUCUGAGCAGCGCCCGCUGGACGGAGCUCCUUCCGUCUAUGCAGCAGUAUGGCGUCAUCAGGCUCGAUGACUGUGGCCUUACGAGUGCCAUGUGUGCCAGCAUCAGCUCUGUGCUGCAGGCCAACUCAUCCCUGACAGAACUCAGCCUGGCCAAUAAUGAGCUGGGAGAUGCGGGGGCCCAGUUGGUACUGAAGGGCCUACAGAAUCCCACCUGCAAGAUACAGAAACUCAAUCUGCAGAAUUGCAACAUCACAUGCACCGGCUGUGAACUGAUCCCAGCCUUGCUCCAGACAAAGUCCUCCCUGAUAGACCUUCAACUAAGCGACAACCACCUGGGUGAUGAAGGCAUGAAGCUGCUGUGUGAAGGCCUGAUGGACCCCAGGUGCAGCCUGCAGAGGCUAGAGCUGGAAUACUGUGAGUUCACUACAGCCAGUUGCGAAGCUCUGUCGGCCGUGCUGAAGACCAGGAGCUCCCUUCGGGAGCUGAACCUCAACAACAAUGAUGUGGGGGAGAUGGGUGUGACCCUUCUCUGCCAAGGACUGAUGGACCCCAACUGUGAGCUACAGGUCUUGAAGCUAGAGGGCUGCGGAGUCAUCUCUGCCAAUUGCAAGGACCUCAGUACCAUCUUGCAAACCAAGGAAUCUAUGCAGGAGCUGUGCCUGGGAGAAAACAAGAUUGGAGAUGCAGGGUUGGAGCAGCUGUGCCAGGGGAUCCUGAGCCCAGCCUGCAACCUGAAGACCUUGUGGCUUUGGGAGUGUGACAUCACAGCCGCAGGCUGCAGGGCCCUUGCCCAGGUCCUCAAGAGCAAAUCCUGCUUGACAAAGCUGAGUCUGAUCUGUAACCAGCUGGCUGAUGAAGGGGCCGAGCUGCUGUGCCAGGCGCUGCUGGACCCUGGCUGCCAGCUGGAGGAGCUGUGGCUGAGGACAUGUGGCUUCACGGUAGCCAGCUGUGCCAGCUUCUGCACUGUCCUGGAGAAGAAUCGGACCCUGAAGGAGCUGCAGCUGAGCACCAACAUGUUGGAGGAUGCAGGCAUCGAGCAAAUGAGCAAGGGGCUUAUGCACCCUGACUGCCCGGUCCAGAGUCUCUGGCUGGGUGAUUGUGAACUCUCCAAUGACUGCUGUGAGACCCUGGCUUCCGUCCUCCUCACCAACCAUACCCUGAAGGAGCUGGACCUCAGCAACAACAGGAUGGGUGACCUGGGCAUCAGGCAGCUGGUGGCCAGCCUCAGGCAGCCCAACUGCACCUUGGAGCAGCUGGUCCUGUUUGACAUUUAUUGGACAGAGGAGGUGGACAAUGAACUGAAGGCCCUCCAGGAAGCCAAACCCAGCCUACGCAUCACGUCUUGAGGGGCUGGGCGGCCCUGUCCCCACUAACCUGCUGCUCCUUGGGUCAGAGGCCCAGGAGGAGGAGGGCCAGUGCUGGCCACACUGUCCCCUGGGGAUGCUGAGGGCCUUGGGGGGCUCCCACCUGGCUAAUCUUUAGACUCUCAGUUGAGCUAUGGUUUUGAUGGCUGCCUCAAGAGAGGUACCAGGCACUUUCAAUCUCCUUUUUCUGCCCCAGACACCGGAAACACUUCGUACUUUAAAUAAAGCAUCUUUUGGACCUAGUGUGA